AUGCAGUGCACGACGAAAUCUCCGUGUGCGCCAUUGCGCGUCGACCAUAAACCGGAGGAUAAAAAUUAUCACGAAUCGUUCCCAAAGCGAGCUGAAACUGACCAAGCCGAUAAAGUAACCCCGAGCACCGACGCAACACUUGUUCCGCAUUGUUCCGAGAUAAGUUGCGAAUUAGACGUAAAGGUGGAAAAUUCGGUGUGCUCCUCCCCCAACUCGAACGUGAACAUUUAUUCGGACUCGUAUACCUUUGCGAACAUCCCGCGAGCCGAGGAUUCUCCCCAAGAGUGCUCGUCCGAGGGCAUCGACGACCAACCCGGUAAGCAAUCCGCGACAAAAUCCACGCAAACGAAUGUAACUAAUAAUUCGAGGCGAAACUCGAAGAACUCUUAUCUCAAGCAGUCGAACCUUUGCUUCUCUAAAAUAAAGAAUGCCGUGAUUACGAAAAAAAUUGUAAAAAAUUCCAAUGAGAGCACAUUCACGAUAUGCGGGGAGAUGGAUGAUAUGAAACAUUAUCCAUGCCCGAGGAAAAAUUCUAACAAAUACUCGUUCAAGAAAAAGCAGAAUAGCUUUACCCAAUGGAACGAUCAGAAAACGAGCGAGCAAGAUAUUCCGCUUGCCAAAACUUGCCAAGAGGCGAAGGAUAAUUUGUCCGGUACGAACAGCAAGAAUAUGUACCAAAAUAUCUUGCCCGUAAAGGAUUCAGAUUCAUCGCCUUCUUUGGGCUCGUUGGAUCUGGAAGUGAAUAUUUCCAACGUUUCCACCAACGUCGAAGAUGAUUGCUCGUCGGAACGUCGGAAACCGAGAACCUACGUGAUACGCCAUAUAAGUCAAAAGAGUAACGAAAGUAAUUGGCUCAAUGAUUUGGAAAGGAUUACUUAUGCGGGGCCGUCGUCCGACUUGAGCCUUUCUUGCUGUAGUUUCUCCAAUCACAAUGUUCAUUUCGAUUAAAAAAGGAUAUUUAAUCACA